GUGUGCGGGCGUGUUCUCUGUUCUUAGCAGCGGUUGGAUAACGUAUAAAAAAUGUCUCGACACCUAUUAAUGUCAGUACACAUUGUGAGUUACAAGUGAACUGCUAUAUUACUGGCGGUUGUUGAGCUAGAACUUUGGAUGUGGUAUUUGUGAAUAUGUGACGUGUAUUUAUUUUAACUAUUCUGAUGGUGUUUGGUGAUGGAUGCAAGCGGCACAUGCUGCGCCUGGCAAUAGUGGCCACCUGCUUGCUGGCCCAGGUGGUGGCUCCAGGUGGUCUCGAGCCAUGUUCUGGAAGUCCGCUCUGUACCUGCCGGGCAGCUCACAUGUCAUGCACAGCUGUACCAUUGCAUAGGUUUCCAGAGUGGCCGCAAAUAGAUCUCCAGCAUCUAGAUAUAAGUAUGUCGUACUUGGAAGUUAUAACUGAGAGUUCAUUGGAUGGCUUGCGGUUGCAAACUUUAGUUCUCGUAGCAAAUAGAAUACAUUACAUUGAAUCACAUGCAUUAAGCUCAAUGUCAUCAUCACUUGCUUCUUUAGACCUUGGUUACAACGAAUUUACAGAAAUACCAGAAGAGGGAUUAAAAGAUCUAAGAGUCCUAAAUUGGUUAAAUUUACAAAAUAAUUUUAUAUCGCAUAUUGGAACUGAAAUAAGAUGGCAUUAUAUGGAAGAUACUCUAACCAGCUUAUCAUUAAGCAAUAACCAAAUAUCUCAACUAAACUCAAGAGCAUUCACUUCAUUAAAUCACUUACUACAGUUAGAUUUGGAGGGAAAUUAUCUCACAACCAUUACUUCUGAUUCCUUACCUUCUUCCCUGACUGUCCUGAAAGUAUCAAAUAAUUUCCUUUAUGAACUCUCCUGUGAUUUAGUACAGAAUCUUCCAAGACUACAAAUACUCCAUAUCCGUCACAACUUAAUAUCAUUCGAAUUGAACGAUACAUGUGUUAGCAACAAAAUGAAGAAGCUAGAAAAAAUAGACUUAAGUAACAAUAAAAUAAACGGCUAUAAAGACGUUUUUCUAUUUCGUGAAGUUCAAGUUAGGCAGAUUAUAUUAGACUUGAAUGAAUUAACUUUUGUACCGAAAUUUCUUGUUUCCAACAACCGGAUUGAACGUGUGUCUCUAUCCUAUAACAAACUGAGUACGGUGGCUCGGGAAAUAUUUAUUGCACUAAAAAACUCCCUCGAGCAUUUAGAAAUAGAACACAACAAACUGUCCUACUUACCAGACAGUCUAGCACAGGUCUUACGACUUCGACAUUUAUCGCUAGCCUACAAUCAGUUAGAGGAGUCACCCCAACUUCCGAGCCGUAUUCAGACGCUCUCUCUCGCAGGAAACUUUCUAACUUCAAUGCCCUCUGCACUCCAAGCACUUGAGCCGGGAUCCAUUCGUUAUCUCGACUUAAGUUACAACAGGAUAUCUAAUUUGUUCUCUCAUGAAUUCCGAGAUUGGUCUACUUCGCUUGGCACAAUAAACUUGAAAGGUAAUAGGAUUGCACAAAUAUACGACAGUGUUUUCCCUGUACAUAUGCCAGUAAAAGAAAUCAAUUUAAGUUUCAAUGAUCUUUACUAUGUACAUCCUCAAUCUUUUUCUAAUUUAUCUGGUACACUACACGUAUUGGAAUCCUCUUCUACCCUCUUCAGUGGUUAUUUUCCAUUUGAAAUUAAUGAGGGUUUAGAGUCCCUAAGUUGGCUCUCCUUUGAUAACAACGACUUCCAUAUUCUUAGAAUAGCCGAGCUUGCGGCUUUUCCUUACCUUAAAUACCUUAACUUAGAUUAUAAUCGGAUAGUUGAAAUAGUUGUAGAUGAAUAUUACACAAACAUAACUUUAUCUCUAACUAAUAUUAGGUUGUCAUACAAUUUUCUAAGUUGCUUACGCAAAACCACUUUCGAGCGUAUCCCAGAAUUAACCAACUUAGACUUAUCGCACAACCGUAUCAGUAACUUAACAAAGCAUACCUUCGCAAACUUAUCUAACUUGAGAUAUUUAUCUCUUGCAGAUAACGUUAUUGAUUCAGUAGAAACGGGUACAUUUUCUAAUUUACCAAAACUGGAGAUACUGGAACUUCAAAAUAACAAUCUUACAUAUUUAAAUCUCAAUGCGUUACAAAAUGUAUCUAUUUCUAAUAUUAACCUUAGUAUUAACGUAAGCAAUAAUAAAAUAAAAUAUAUAGAUGGAAAUAGCCUUAUUUCCAUUAAUAUUUUCGAUGGUUCUUACAACGAUUUUCACGAAGUUCCGACCGCGUUUUUCAUUGCUGUCGAAUAUACAAUACGACAAGUUAUAUUAUCACAUAACAAAAUAGCUCAUAUUACAAAUGAAGCAUUCGGACAAUCUAUUCUAUUAGAGAUAUUAGACUUACAUAAAAAUAGUAUAAGUAUUAUAAAAAGAAAAUCAUUUUUAGAUUUAAUUUCGUUGCAAAUAUUAGAUUUAUCGUAUAACUCAAUCACACAAUUAGCAGUUGAACAGUUUCAUAAUUUAAAAAAGUUACGCUAUUUAAAAUUGGACCACAAUAACAUAAGACUUUUACCAAGAGAUAUUUUCAAAAAUACAAUAAUAGAGCAUUUAGAUUUAAGCUACAAUGGAAUAUCUUUAUUCCCAGUAACAGCUCUAUCACAAAUAGGAUUUACACUAAGACAUUUAGACUUCACGGGUAAUAAAUUAGAAUACCUAGAUGGUAACAUAUUUCGAAACACACAAUUCUUAUCUAGUCUUAGGUUAGGAAGCAAUUUGCUAACAGUUCUAUCUGAUAACACAUUUUCAAGCCUCAGUGGCCUACGUCGCUUGGACCUGAGCUUCAACUUUAUAAAGGCAAACUUUAAGGAACUGUUUCACAACCUUCCCAACUUAAGGCAUUUGAACCUCGCAAACAUAAGUUUAAAGUCAGUGCCUUAUCUGCCUUUAACAAACUUAACAAGUCUCAAUUUGACUUCUAAUUACAUUAACAGCUUCAAAGAGACUGAUGUUAAGCGACUCCUUAACCUCCGUCACUUAGAUAUAAGCCAUAAUCGACUUACCUCUUUAGUGCCAAAAAUGUGGGUACAUUUAAAAAAUCUAAUUGUACUUGAUAUUUCUUAUAACCCUAUAGUAAGAAUUACGCCAAAUAGUUUCAAAGGACUUGGUAAAUUAUCACAUUUAAAUAUUAACGGCCUUAAAUAUUUAGAUAUAGUCGACCAAGACUCCUUUCGUCCUCUUACCUCCCUCCGGUUCCUCCACAUACAAACUUGGUCCUCAAUAAAUCAUGCCUCAUUUCGUAUAACACAUAUAACGUCAUCCCUCCCUUCCUUAUAUAAGUUGGUAAUACAUUUUAAGGACAGAACAUUGAAGAAUCAACUACAUGGAAUUGAUGCUCGGAAAAUACGGUAUUUAGAAAUAAAAGGCUCUAAUCUGGAAAGAAUAUCAGAGGAUGCAUUUGAACCAUUCGCCAACAGCCAAGAAAUAUUUGUAAAAAUAACAGAAACAUCUAUUUCCAAAUUGCCAGCAACGUUUAUGAAGCACCUCGGCCAAAUUCCCCAACUAGGUAUCGACAUCAGUUACAAUCAAAUCGCAAGACUUAAUCCAGCUAUCUUCUAUCCGAAUUUUACGAGCUGGAGUCACGUAGCGACUAAAUUGCUUUCAGGUGGUUUGAUCAUGACUGGAAAUCCCCUGCGGUGCGAGUGUGACUUGGCUUGGCUUGGAGCGUGGCUUCGCAGAUGGCUUCAAGAGAACGAUGCUGGUAAUGAACUGAGGAGAGCCAUGAGGAGUGCAACUUGCAGGGACCAGUUGGGGCGCCAUCUUCCACUGCUUCAACUUCGAGCAGACGAAGCCGAAUGUCACGCUAGUGCCCUUUCUAGUGAUGCUCAACCAAAUUUCAUAAAUUUUGUAUACACAAUAACUUAUAGUAUAUGGGUUAUAGUUCUUAGAUGAUAAAGCCCAAUUACUAGUUAUAGUAAUGAUGAUAUCUUUGUAUCAUAUCAGGGAUUCAAUUUUAGUUAGUAAUUACAGCCUUUUUUUAAAGAACAGUAUAAUAUUUGGUUUCGUUACAUUUUGUUAUACGCCGUGAACACGGGAACUUAUAUUCACAGAGUUGAAAUUAUAUUUUAUUUAAAAAAAAAAAACAAUAAUAAAAUUAAAGCAUUAGUGAGAAAAAAGUAUUCUUAUACUUUGUUCAAACAAUGUUUUAAUAUUGAUAAAAAUUUUGAGUAAUUUUUACUUUAACAAAAGAUAAAUAAUGGAAGCAAUAAAUCUGAGCAUCUUUAGUAACAACAGUUUUUUUUUUCUAUCAUGAAAGUAUCAUAAAAUACUAUUAACGAAUUUUAAAAGUACUUUUGCCAUAAAAUUUCAAAAUACAAUAUAAUAAUUUAUAGCAGGUCUUACGCCCUUAAUAGCCAUAAAAUCUUCUAUAGUUUCCUAUGUACCGCAUUGAUGUAAUUGUUUUAUUUAUUGCGAGUAUAAUGACGCAAUUAUUUUUCGAAAAAAAAUCCCUUUAUUUUUUUUUAAAGAUCUUUAAUAAACGAUAUGAAUAACCUGCCUAAACCUAAAUAAAAAGGCUGGAACGCUCAGGCUUACUGCUGCCUUUAUAAAUGUAGAGGUUACUAAGCAUUUAAUUUUCUUUUUUUUUUUCAUUUUUGUAUGUCAGAUAUUAUUAUUUUUUAUUUUUUAUAGGAAAAAUAAAUGUAAAU